CACGUCCAAAACGUCGGUUGCUCCAGCCCGGCACCCGCGGCAUGCAGGUAAGCGGGAGCCAUCAAAGAGACGCUGCGUAGCGUUACGAUUUCUUGAUGAAAUUCACAAGUAAAGGUAAUUUUCUCACUCGAAUCAAACCAAUCCAAGAGUAAAACUGGCGAAUCCUUGCUAACCCGCCGCCAGGUGCUUCCUUCUCCGCGGUUCUUUUCGUGAUUUACUUUUCCCGGGCUUCGACUUUGUGCAGAUUAGACUUUCACUGUCUAGGAACAUCGUCUUUGCCUUGGCAAAUCGCUUACAGAAUUGAUAAUUAUCAGAGAGAUCGAGCCUUUUGAGUUGGUAUACUUGAGAUUUCAUUACAACUAUGGGAACCGGACACCGUGGAGGAACUAGAAAAACAAAUGAGAGUGCAAGGAUUAUGCUCACAACUUUAGUGGGAGUGGUCUUUGGAUAUUUUCUUGGUGCUUCAUUUCCUUUAGUGUCUCUAAAUAAGAUUAACUUACCUUCAAGCCUUAUAUCAUCUCUUGAUGUAGCCAUUGAUGUGCAAAGAUCUCCUAGUAUCAGAAUAACUGAGAUACCUGGAAUAAACAAAACAUCUAAGAUAUAUGUGCCAACAAAUCCUCGUGGUGCAGAGUCAUUACCUCCCGAAAUUGUUGCAUCCGAAUCUGAUUUUUAUUUACGCAGAUUAUGGGGUAACCCCAGUGAGGAUCUCGAUAAAAAACCGAAGUACUUGGUUACAUUCACUGUGGGCUUUGAUCAGAGAAAAAAUAUUGAUGCAGCAGUGAAAAAGUUCUCUGAUAAUUUUACAAUUGUGCUGUUUCACUAUGACGGCCUGACUACUGAGUGGGAUCAGUUUGAGUGGUCAAAGACUGCAAUCCAUAUCAGUGUCAGGAAACAAACAAAAUGGUGGUACGCAAAAAGGUUUUUGCACCCAGAUGUUGUAGCUGCAUAUGAUUAUAUUUUUAUAUGGGAUGAAGACCUUGGAGUUGAACAUUUUAAUGCAGAGAAGUAUAUUGAGUUAGUGAAAAAGCAUGGUCUGGAAAUCUCCCAACCUGGACUUGAGCCUAAUAAUGGACUGACAUGGGAGAUGACAAAGAGGAGAGGUGACAGAGAGGUUCAUAAGGAGACGGAAGAGAAACCAGGCUGGUGUAGUGACCCUCAGUUGCCUCCAUGUGCUGCGUUUGUAGAAAUUAUGGCUCCUGUUUUUUCGCGUGAAGCAUGGAGAUGUGUUUGGCAUUUAAUUCAGAAUGAUUUGGUACAUGGAUGGGGAUUGGACUUCGCUCUCAGAAGAUGUAUAGAGCCUGCACAUGAGAAAAUUGGUGUAGUUGAUUCGCAGUGGAUUGUUCAUCAAGUAAUUCCUUCUCUUGGGAGUCAGGGAAAAUCUGAGAACGGGAAGGCUCCAUGGGAAGGGGUGAGAGCAAGGUGCAGAACUGAAUGGACUGAGUUCCAAUCUCGGCUUGCAAAUGCGGACAAAGCAUAUCUGGCUCAGAUUAAUAAGGCCAAACGUUUAUAGAAGAGAGACCUCUCUUCUGAACCUGUCACAUGUACAUGUCCUCUUCUAACCUUGAGGGCUUCUCCAAUGGUGUCCUUGAGCGAGAUCUCUCUCUGAUUCAUUUGUUACAGGAUUUUCAUUUUGUUUAGUGAUGGAGAAAUAAUUCAUAUAAAAGCAAAAUACACAUCAAGUCAUUUUAUUACCGGUUUCGUUCUAUGUAGUGUGUCAAUGUUUGGGUGAUGGGAGUCAAUAUACCCAAGUUGUUUCAGGAAAGAAGUAAUAUGAAUACAACACAAGUGGUUUGUUUUUUUUACUA